AUGUCUACCAGGCCCAUUCUGCAAACGGUACACGAAUCGGUGACAAUUGAUCACCAUCAUAGUACUGAUGACAACGCCAACCCUCGGAUAACCUCCAGGAGUCGCACGUCGGAUGAGCCUCACAUAGGCAAAUAUCGUCUUAUGAAGACGAUAGGCAAAGGAAAUUUUGCUAAAGUGAAGCUCGCUAAACAUGUGCCAACAGGAAGGGAGGUUGCUAUCAAAAUCAUUGAUAAAACUCAGAUGAACCCUUCCAGUUUGCAAAAGUUAUUCAGGGAAGUAAGGAUAAUGAAAAUUCUUGACCAUCCUAACAUUGUAAAGUUAUUUGAAGUUAUUGAAACUGAAAAAACAUUAUACUUGGUGAUGGAAUAUGCCAGUGGAGGAGAAGUUUUUGAUUAUUUGGUAGCACAUGGGCGAAUGAAAGAGAAAGAAGCCAGAGCCAAAUUUAGACAAAUUGUGUCUGCUGUACAGUAUUGUCACCAGAAGCACAUUGUACAUAGAGAUUUAAAAGCUGAAAAUUUAUUGCUUGAUGGUGAUAUGCACAUAAAGAUUGCUGACUUUGGUUUUAGUAAUGAAUUUAUUCCUGGAAGUAAAUUAGACACCUUCUGUGGGAGUCCACCAUAUGCUGCUCCAGAACUCUUUCAAGGUAAAAAAUAUGAUGGUCCAGAGGUUGAUGUUUGGAGUUUAGGUGUAAUUUUAUAUACACUAGUCAGUGGGUCCUUACCAUUUGAUGGUCAGAAUUUAAAAGAACUUCGUGAAAGAGUGUUGCGAGGAAAAUACAGAAUACCAUUCUAUAUGUCAACUGACUGUGAAAACUUACUAAAGAAAUUUUUGGUUUUAAAUCCUGCAAAAAGAGCAAGUUUAGAGACCAUUAUGCGAGACCGCUGGAUCAAUGUUGGGUAUGAAGAUAAGGAAUUAAAGCCUUACAAAGAGCCAUGUAGAGACAAGCUUGAUCCUAAGCGCAUAGUGCCCUCAACAGAGACAGGUUCCAACAUAAAUGGGCUACACCGCUACCAAGAUAUCAUGGCCAGUAUGGGAUAUACCUUGAAAGAUGUGGAGGACUCCUUGAGUCAACAGAAAUAUGAUGAUAUCAUGGCAACUUAUUUACUCCUUGGACGGAGAACAUCUGAUCUGGAAGGGAGCGAUCGAUCUGGCAGUAACCAAUCCCUGAGGCAUGUUCAGUUGACUACGAACCGACCGCCAACUGAGACCAAUGCGAAUACCAGCCAGUCACCUAAUCGUGUCACAAGGAGUCAGUCUGCAACCAGUCAAAAGCCUCCACGGCGCUACAGCCAUGGAGGUCCUGCAGGCCCAGGUAGUGCUACUUCUUCUUCACAACCCCAGUCCUCAAGCUCACAUCCGCCAAGGAGGCAAAACACCAUUGAUACAAAUACUACAAAGGAAAGCACAUUGAGUUCUCGGAUGAAAACACCUUCUGGCGGGAACAUGCCUUUGGAGUCUCCUAAGAUCAGUGCAAGUCCUGCCAGAGUAUCUGUACCAAAGAAACCUAGUGGACCUUCUUCUACAACCCCAAAGAACAAUGUUGUAGGUGGUUCUUCACUUACUCGAAGGAGUACCUUCGGGCCUGGAGAUAAUAAAGCCAGUAUAGAAAAAAGUAGGACAACUAAUGGUCAAGAUUACCGGAGCCAUAUACCAAAUUCUACUUCAAAUACAUCUUCAGAACCCCCAUCAGCAAGGCCUAAAGGUCAUGUAAAGUCAGCAAGCACAUCACAAUCAUCACGAGUCACAGAUUUGCCACCUAUUAGCUCAGAAUCAUCUGACACCUAUAGGCCAACAACGGCUCCAGGGAAACCUUCUGCACCUGUAUCCCCUGCUGUGAAGGCCCCCCUGUUCCGAGGCACAGCAGGUCGCAAUACAUUCCAUGGGGGCCACAUAAGAGACCGGCGGCAGCAAACACUUAAUCAAUACAACGGCCCAGGACCUGUUCCUGGCCAUACUCAGGACACUACUGCAGCCGGACAAGCAGCUCGAAUGUCUUUCCUGAACAAAUUAACUUCGAAAUUUAGUCGAAGCAAUUCAGUUUUUUCUUUCUCUCUCACACUGCAUAAAAAGUUUUCCUCUCUCCCAUCGCGUCAAGUUUUUACUUAUCAGCAUAAAAAUUUUUCCUUCUCACCUUACAUAAAUUAUUUUCCUUUUCUCUCUCCUUGCAUAAAUUAUUUUCCUUUUCUCUCUCCUUGCAUAAAUUAUUUUCCUUUUCUCUCUCCUUGCAUAAAUUAUUUUCCUUUUCUCUCUCCUUGCAUAAAUUAUUUUCCUUUUCUCUCUCCUUGCAUAAAUUAUUUUCCUUUUCUCUCUCCUUGCAUAAAUUAUUUUCCUUUUCUCUCUCCUUGCAUGAAUUGUUUUCCUUUUCUCUCUCCUUGCAUAAAUUAUUUUCCUUUUCUCUCUCCUUGCAUAAAUUAUUUUCCUUUUCUCUCUCCUUGCAUAAAUUAUUUUCCUUUUCUCUCUCCUUGCAUAAAUUAUUUUCCUUUUCUCUCUCCUUGCGUGAAUUGUUUUCCUUUUCUCUCUCCUUGCGUGAAUUGUUUUCCUUUUCUCUCUCCUUGCGUGAAUUGUUUUCCUUUUCUCUCUCCUUGCGUGAAUUGUUUUCCUUUUCUCUCUCCUUGCGUGAAUUGUUUUCCUUUUCUCUCUCCUUGCGUGAAUUGUUUUCCUUUUUCUCUCUCCUUGCGUGGUUGUUUUCCUUUUCUCUCUCCUUGCGUGAAUUGUUUUCCUCCUCUCUCUCUCUCUCUCUCCUUGGUGGUUGUUUUCCUCCUCUCUCUCUCUCUCCUUGCGUGGUGUUUUCUCCUCUCUCUCUCUCCUUGCGUGGUGUUUUCCUCCUCUCUCUCUCUCUCCUUGCGUGGUGUUUUCCUCCUCUCUCUCUCUCUCCCUUAA